CCCCAGCCCCCGGCCGUGACCCCGGCCUUGACCCCGGCCCUCCCGGCCUGCAGCUCCCGGAGGCCGCCGCCUGGCCCGGCUCCAGGCCGGCCGCCGUGCCCACCUGACCCCGCCGCCCUCCCGCCCCCGCCGCUUCCCGGCAGAGCGGCCCCCGCCGGACCGGCACCAUGGUGGCCCUCGGCACCCUCCUGCUCCUCGGCCUGCUCCUGACGGCCCCGCCGGGGCUGGGGCAGGGGCCGGCGCGGCGGCGGCGGCCGCCCCCUCCCCAGAGCCCCUUGGAGAAAGUGGCGGCUCAGGAGGAGCUCGGCCUCCCCCAGCUCACAGGGACGUGGUUCCUGGUCGGCAUGGCCUCCCGCUGCAGCUACCUGGCAGAGCACAGCCACCAGCUGGAGGCCACAGCGGUGACGGUGACCGUCCCGGAUGGGCAGAGCCUGGCCAUCAGCACCUUCAGGAAGCUGGAUGGGAUGUGCUGGGAAAUCAAGCAGCGCUACCUCCCUGCCCAGGCCCACGGACGCUUUCUCCUGAAGGGCCGUGGCUAUGGCAGCAAGGUGGACAUGGUGGUGGGCGAGACGGACCACAGCAGCUACGCCAUCCUCUAUUACCAGAAGGGCCGGAGCAUCUCCGUCAAGCUCUAUGGACGGACCAGCCAGGUCAGCGAUGCCAUCGUGGACAAGUUUGAGCAACGUGUCAGGGCUGUGGGUCUGAGCGAAGACAUGACCUACUACUUCCCCACAUAUGGGUUUUGUGACUCUGCGGAUGAGUUUCACGUCCUUGAUGAAACAAAGCCGUAGGUGCAGACGGUGUUGCCAGGAGGUCCCCAGAGCUUGGCCCUUGCCUCAUCCAGCCAUCCAUAGCCGUGCAGGACUUAGCCGGGGUUUGGCUAGACCCUGCUGCUGC